GAGAAAGAAACACACGAGAAAGAAAAGGAGAAAACAAAUGGAAGGGAAAGAGGAAGAAGCAAAGAGGAGGAUGAUGAUGAAGAUCAAACUUAAGGAGACAGAAACAGAGAUAAACCAAGAUGAUAUUAAAAGACAAGAAGCUUACAAUAUGUCUCCACGUGUACGUCGUGGUGGUGGUGGUGGUGGCUCGGUAGGUAUGAGCAAGUCAUCGAGCGUGAGGCAAAACUGUUUAUGCGCACCAACGACACACCCUGGCUCCUUCAGGUGCCGUUACCACCGUCGCAACGCUGGACUUGGCAUGUCUCGUGGCAUAUCCGUUCCCUCUAACCUUUCCAUGUUGGGUGGUGGAGACUCUAUCUCUGGCUCUCCCAAGUGAUUCAUAUAUUAAUGUGUUUCUUCUCAUCAAUUUAAAAUUCUCGUAUGUGUGUGUGUAUAUACAAAAAUGCAUAAGUAGAGAAAUCUCUGGAUAUUCACUUUGCUGUUUGCACAAAUGAAAUAAAUUCAAGUGAUCGUG